GACCAUUAAUUAAAAGUUCUGUUUGAAUCAAAACCUAAUCUGCCAACCUCAGAACAACCCUCUCUCCCCUCUUCUCCACCUAUAUAAUCAGCCUUCAAACCCACUAUCUGUAACUCACUCACGAAAACACAAGGGAAAAGGCCAAGUACUCGGCCACUAAAACUGAAAAGAGAUAAAAGUAAACACAGAGCAAAGCAAAGCAAAGCAAAGAUGGAAGCAGCUUUCAACAGUACCAGCAUUGCCAAUCCCAGCUUCACUCUGUUCUUCCUGGGCCUUUUGCUCCUCUUUGCCAAUUCAGUGCCCUUGUUUGCUAAUGCAAAAACUCACUCUUAUGACUUUGUUGUUCAAGCAACGAAAGUGAAGAGGUUGUGCAAAACCCACAACUCCAUCACGGUUAACGGGCAAUUCCCGGGACCAACGCUGGAAGUGAACGAUGGAGACACGCUAGCGAUCAACGUCGUCAAUAGAGCUCGAUACAAUGUCACCAUUCACUGGCAUGGCAUUAGGCAGAUUAGAACAGCCUGGGCCGACGGGCCAGAAUUUGUGACUCAAUGCCCGAUCAGACCAGGAACGAGCUUCACAUACAGGUAUACAAUUACAGGCCAAGAAGGGACGCUAUGGUGGCAUGCCCACAGCUCGUGGCUCAGAGCCACCGUCUAUGGUGCUAUCAUCAUUCACCCGAAGGAAGGUUCUUCCUACCCAUUCCCCAAGCCUACCCGUGAAACACCCCUUCUCCUAGGGGAAUGGUGGGAUGCGAAUCCUGUGGAUGUGAUUGACGAAGCAACAAGAACAGGGGGGGCUCCUAAUAUUUCUGAUGCUUACACUAUCAAUGGUCAGCCUGGAGAUUUUUACAACUGUUCCAGCCAAGACACAGUAAUCGUCCCAAUCGGCUCCGGCGAAACCAACCUCCUCCGCAUAAUCAACGCCGGCCUAAACCAGCAGCUCUUCUUUACCGUCGCCAACCACAAGCUCACCGUGGUCGGAGCCGACGCCUCCUACCUCAAGCCCUUCACCACCGACACAAUCAUGCUAGGCCCCGGCCAAACCACAGACGUCAUCAUCACCGCCGACCAGCUGCCGGCCAGGUACUACAUCGCCGCACGCGCCUAUGCCAGCGCCCAAGGCGCACCGUUUGACAACACCACGACCACCGCCGUGCUGGAGUACAAAACGGCACCGUGUCCGGCCACAGGUGGCGGCCCGAUCAAGCCGAUUAACGCGACUUUGCCGGCUUUCAAUGAUACGGCAACGGCUACUAAGUUUACGACUAGCCUUCGAAGUCCUAGCAAAGCUGCGGUGCCGACGGAGAUUGAUGAGAGCUUGUUUAUUACGGUCGGAUUGGGACUUCUUAAUUGCCCACCAGGUGCUCGAGCAAGCAGGAACUGCCAAGGCCCGAAUGGCACCCGAUUCGCCUCGAGCAUGAACAACGUAUCCUUCGUGCUCCCCUCCAGCUUCUCCCUCCUCCAGGCCCACCAGCAGGGCAUCCCCGGAGUAUUCACCACCGAUUUCCCGGCAUCUCCCCCGGUGAUAUUCGAUUACACAGGGAACGUGAGCAAGGCUCUGUGGAGUCCGGUGAAAGCGACCAAGGUUUACAAACUCAAGUACGGUUCGCAAGUUGAGGUGGUUUUGCAGGGGACGAGCAUAUUCACUGCCGAAAACCACCCGAUUCAUCUCCACGGGUAUGAUUUCUACAUCGUCGCGGAGGGGUUCGGGAACUUCAACCGGAAGAGGGAUACGGCCAAGUUUAACCUUGUUGAUCCGCCGAUGAGGAAUACGGUCAGCUUGCCGGUUGGUGGGUGGGCUGUUAUUCGGUUUGUUGCUGAUAAUCCAGGUACUUGGAUUUUGCAUUGUCACUUGGACGUUCACAUAGGCUGGGGUCUUGCCAUGGUUUUCAUCGUCGACAAUGGAGUCGGGGAAUUACAAUCACUAGAACCACCUCCGGUGGAUUUUCCUGUAUGUUAGAAUCAUCAUCUUCAACAGAGAGAGAGGCACUGCCUGAAGAUUGGAUAUAUAUGAUCAUGGCGUCACCAUUUUUUUUCCAUUCUUCAUUUUUAACCCACAUUGGGAUUAAUAGUUCUUUGUUCCUUUUUCGAUAGAUAAACCGGGUCGGUAAGAGAUCAGACCCGGACUGGUUUCUUUGUUGUAGCCGGAUCUUUAUGUUGUUACUAGAUACUGUGAUUUUUCCAA